AUGGCCAAAAGUGGAGAGGCCCUGCCGCAGGGCAGCCCAGCGCUGGUCCAGGAUCCCCACCUCAUCAAGGUGACAGUGAAGACGCCUAAGGACAAGGAGGAUUUCUCAGUUACAGACACUUGCACCAUCCAGCAGCUGAAGGAAGAGAUAUCCCAGCGCUUUAAGGCCCACCCUGAUCAGCUGAUCCUAAUCUUUGCCGGCAAAAUCCUCAAGGACCCUGACUCGCUGGCACAGUGUGGGGUCCGGGAUGGCCUCACUGUCCACCUAGUCAUCAAGAUGCAGCGUCGCACCAUGGUCAACGAGUGCCCAGCUGCUUCAGUCCCUACCCCAGCCCCGAGCCCUGGGUCCCUCCCUCAGCCAAGCUCCAUUUACCCAGCAGAUGGGCCACCUACCUUCAGCUUGGGUGUCCUCACAGGCCUCAAUGGGCUAGGCCUGACCUUGGGUGGUUUCCCUGACCAGCCAAGCUCCCUGGUGUGGCAGCACGUAUCCGUGCCUGAAUUUGUGGCUCAGAUCAUUGACGACCCCUUCAUCCAGGGUCUGCUGUCUAACACGGGCCUGGUGCGCCAGUUGGUUCUUGACAAUCCCCGUAUGCAGCAACUGAUCCAGCACAACCCUGAGAUUGGGCACAUUCUCAACAAUCCUGAAAUCAUGCGGCAGACACUGGAGUUUCUACGUAACCCUGCCAUGAUGCAAGAGAUGAUGCGCAGCCAGGACCGGGCACUCAGCAACCUGGAGAGCAUCCCGGGUGGUUACAAUGUGCUCCGAGCCAUGUAUACAGAUAUUAUGGACCCCAUGCUUAAUGCAGUCCAGGAGCAGUUUGGGGGCAAUCCCUUUGCCACCACUACUACUGCUAAUGCUACCAGCAGCAGCAGCCAACCCUCAAGGACAGAGAAUUGUGACCCUCUCCCCAACCCCUGGACUUCCACAUAUGCAGGCUCAGCUGGCAGGAGGGGCCGGAGGCCUGGGGACCAGGAUAUAUCUGAACUUAGAAAUAGGGGUCCCAAUAUUCUGGGGAAUAUAGGCCUCUAUGACUACCUCCAACAAUUGCUUGAGAUCCCCCAGUCCCUGGGAACCUAUCUGCAGGGGAUGGCAUCUACCCUCAGUCCAAGCCAAGAACCACCUCCACCACCAGGAAGCCAAGUUCCUCCAGCUUCACCCUCAUCCCAGGAACCUGAGUCAGGCCAGGCUCUCCGCAAGGAGUCAGUUGCAAUUAAGGGAAAGCCCUCUUGCCCAGCCUUCCUGAGGUAUCCCACGGAGAGCAGUGCUAGAAAAGAUGGAGGUCAAGAUGGUGCAGGGAACGGCUCCACUGGCCAUAGCACCCACAUGCCUGAUCUUGUCUCCGGGUUGGGGCCUGCUGCCAAUAGGACCCCACUCAUCCCUUCCCCACCUUUGCCCACAGCAGCUACUGCUGGAAUCCCUGAGCAUGUCUGGCUGCCACCACCAGCUUAUCCAAGAUCUCAGAGGCCCACCAGCAUGAAUCUGGCCCCACAGCUGCAGGAUGAGACGCGCUGGCAACUGCCACUGCUGCUGCACCUUCAGGCAGCCAUGGUAAACCCACGUGCCGUGCAUGCCCUGCUGCAGAUUGAGCAGGGUCUGCAGAUCCUGGCUACUGAAGCCCCUCGCCUCUUCCUCUGGUUCAUGCCUUGUCUAACAGGGCUGGGAAGUAUGGCAGGAGAUACAGAGCCUCGAGAGAGCCCCCUUGUGCCUGGGGAUCCUUCGCCUCCCCCAGCUCCUGAGGUUCCCUCAACGCAGGGCUCUAUGGAGCUGGGCCUCCAUUCCACCCCUUCCUCCAGAUGUUGCAAGCCUUGA